CCAGGGAGAGAGGAAGGAGGAGGAGGAGGGGGGUAAAAAAAAAAAGAGACAAUCUGCUCAGAGCUGCCUGGGGGGCUUCAGCUCUGUGUUUCUGUGAAGUGCCCUCACAUCCAGGGAGUGCAGUGGUGUGUAUGAGUGAGUGUCUGUGAGCCGGAGCCAUGUCAGACCCCAGGGACAUCGACGAGGAUGCCAUCCUCAGGGGCCUCAGUGCCGAGGAGCUGGACCAGCUGGAGUAUGAGCUGCAGGAGAUGGACCCAGAGAAUGCCAUGCUGCCAGCUGGUAUGAGGCAACGCGACCAGACGAAGAAGAGCCCGACGGGGCCCUAUGACCGCGACGCCCUGGUGCAGUACCUGGAAAAGGAGGCUCUGGAGUGCGAGGACAGGGAGGACCUGGUGCCUUUCACUGGAGAGAAGAAAGGGAAGGCAUUUAUAGCAAAGAAAAGAGAGAUCCCUCAGAACGAGCAGAUCACCCUGGAGCCGGAGCUGGAGGAGGCUCUGAAAAACGCCACUGACGCAGAGAUGUGUGACAUCGCAGCCAUUCUUGGGAUGUACACGUUAAUGAGCAACAAGCAGUACUACGAUGCUCUGGGCACCACAGGAACAAUCGCCAACACAGAGGGCAUCAACAGUGUUGUGAAACCAGAUCCAUUCAAGAUCUUCCCUGAGGAGCCUCCAAACUCAACUAAUGUGGAGGAGACCCUGGAGAGGAUCCUGAACAAUGACAGCUCCCUCAUUGAGGUCAACCUUAACAACAUCAAGGACAUUCCCAUCCCUACACUGAAAGAGAUUUUUGAGGCAAUGAAGGGAAACUCUCAUGUUGAAGUUUUAAGCAUUGCUGCGACGCGUAGCAACGACCCCGUGGCCUAUGCAUGUGCUGAGAUGCUACAGGAGAACACCAGCUUGCAGAGUCUUAAUGUUGAGUCCAACUUCAUCACUUCAGACGGCAUGAUGGCCAUCAUGAAAGCCAUGGCUAACAACGCCACACUGGUGGAGCUCAAGAUAGACAACCAGAGGCAGAAACUUGGCGACACAGUUGAGAUGGAGAUCGCCUCCAUGUUGGAGAACAAUUCCAGCAUCCUCAAGUUUGGCUACCACUUUAACCAGCAGGGUCCUCGUGCCAGAGCCGCCAUGGCCAUCACAAGAAACAACGACAUGCUUCGCCAACAGAGACUGAGAUGAAGUUAAAAGAAGAAAAAGCACGAACCGCUUCUGCCCCUCGGAACCUGCAGACGAUGCCGUUGAUGGUCCUGUGCCAGUGAACCAAUCAUCCCACAUGAACCGCAGAGGAAACCACGUCCAACAUCCAUCCGCAACCUUUUCAUUUACUGCAACAAGCUUUCACGUGCUAUAUUCAUCAUAAAGGCAACGAGCAAAA